GGCGGGAAACACCGCUAAGAUGGGCCGACCAAACCAAUGACGGAGAGCCCGACGUAAUGGGCAAGCCGGUCGUGAUGGAGCCGCAGGAGGCACUGAAGACGGGAACCUCGAGCGAUCGACGAGAAGCGACGAGACGACGCUCCCCCGAGUAUGAGCGGAGGGAGACCAUGGCGGAUAGACCCAGAGACGACUGGCGAGAGAAAUAUCUAGAGAAGUGGGAGCUUCAUGCAAGUCGGAGUCAGUGGUCAGAGGAAGAGAUUAUAGAGAACUUCCUAUUUAAUGUGGACCCAAGUCUCGGUAGGGAAGUUAAGGAAGCUCGACCGAAGGAUGAAAAAUGGACUACGUACAAGAAGAACCUCGUUGAGCUUUACAAAUUGGAGGAUAACAAGUACUCCAUCAAGGACCUGGAGACGAUGACUCAAGAUGAAGAUGAGAGCGUACGGGCAUUUGGGAUGCGUUUCCAAAAGAUCUCCGACGUGUUGAUGAAGAAGGGGAAGAUCUCAGAGGUCGAGCGCUAUACUAUCUUUAUCGGACACCUAUCCAAAGGUAGACAAAAGAGUAUACUUAGAGAUCUUUCGCGCGACAAGCUUGACUUCCUAGAAGUCCUAAAGCUCGCGAUAAAGGCAGAGGCAGAUGACUACAAUGACUUGGUGUGGAGAGGGAUGAGGAGGCGUGACUUCUCCCUCUACAAGGAGUAUGCCACCGAUAGAUGUCCUGAUUUCAAGGACCAUCCCUGGUCAGAGAAGAAUGAAGCCGUGGCCGAAGAAGUGAAGGAGAUAAGGGACAUGGUAAAGGGAAGCGACUCUCGAGGCCGAUGGGAGUCGGAUACGGGCCGGCGAGAUGGAUACAGGGAUGGUAGAUAUGAGAUAUCGGACCGCGAUGGACGUAGAAAAGACAAAUAUGAAAGGUCGGAUCGAGACGGAUACAGGGAUGGUAGAUAUGAGAGAUCGGACCGCGAUGGGCAUAGAGACGAUAGAUAUGAGAGGUCGGAUCGAGACGGAUACAGGGGCGGGAGAUAUGAGAGAGGAGAUCGGACCGAUGAUUCACGCGGGCGAUACGACCGAGGAGACCGACGUGAUGAUUCACGCGGGAGGUACGACCGAGGAGACCGACGCGAUGAUUCACGCGGGCAAUACGAAUACGGAGACCGCCGCAAUGAUUCGCGCGGCAGGAAUGAGAGAGGGGGAUAUGGCGCUUCGGCUGACCCGUAUCCGAAGUCCCCUGACCCGAGAGCMRCGAGAGGUUCGACCUCCAGAGGCGCAGACGACAGRCCACCCAYACCCAAGAACUCUUGCGUUUACUGCAGGGGGGAUGAUCAUAUCAAGAGAGAUUGUCCGGAUCUCAAACGAGCAAUAGAUGAAGGCCUUGUCGUGCUUGAUGACCGCAACUACCAAGUCCACAAGAGGUCUACAUCGAAGAAGACCGACACGGAUUACGUGAUGGCGGAGAAGGACGGCGGACAGCGGAUCGAUGGAGAGGAGGUUAUUCUUUCGCCGCGAAAGCGGGGAGUAAAGAAGUUCUUGAUGAAGAGUUCGCUAGAUGAGAUUGACACGGUCGAGCCACUGAGACGGACCCUUCGGCAGCCUAUGCAAUGCUCUAUUCUGGAGUACCUGGCGGCAUCGAAGCCGGCUCGCGAUGAGUUACAGAUGAUCACGCGGAAGACUCGCGUACCUCUAUCAGAGGAGGCUCAGGGGGCUCCUAAGGCUGAAGCUCCUACCGUAGCAGUAACGGGGGUGACUGCCAGAGCGGAUCGCAUGGCGACAGUCCUUCUUGAUGGGAUGGAAGGUGUGCCUCCAGACAAGUUUUACAUACUUGGUAGUGGGGCCGUGAAGACAAUCAUAAACGAUGGAGCGGUACUAGAUGCUGUGAUCGAUAACGACAGUGAGGCUGUCAUUAUAGACGAGGAUCUGGCAGUACAGGUUGGACUGGACCUCGAUAGGUCAUACCUAUUCAAAAUAGAGACUGCUGAUGGGAGAAAGCAACAGAUCACUGGGGUUUAUCACAAGGCAUCCAUAGAGGUCCAAGGGGUACGAGUGACCCUGCCUGUCUUUGCAGUCAAGAACUGCAGCUCCGAUCUGCUCUUGGGACGAAUGUGGUUGAUCCACGUGCAUGCGGUGACGAUAGAGCGACCGGAUGGGAGCCAGACAUUGUCCAUUAAGAAGCUAGAUGGGACGCGGGUUAUGAUUGAGACGGUGGAGCCUCGGGACCCGAGGAACAGAGCAUCUCUCGCAGUAGGAGCAAGACCCAGUGAUCAGAUUAAGUCAUUACCUAUCUCCGACCGCGUGGUGCGAUUUCGUGAGAAAAAGUGCGGACCACUGCUCACAGAGGAAGAGGGUCGGAUCGUGGAGGUGGAAGAUUUAGGGAAUCGGCUGAUAGUGGACGACAACUCGUACCCAAAGGAGACAGAUGAGGAAUUUGGCAGGGUGGUAUCUGUGUCUUUUUUAAGGGCACGGCCCCCUAUGGCUGUGAGCCGCGAGCGAUCUGCACUGGAAGGGAUAUCGGAAUAAGAGAUCGCAAAGGAAAUCAAAGAAAGAAAGAAGA